CAAGACCUGCGCGCGCUGUGGCGCUGCACAGAGCUGCUUUGCGAAGUGCUUCUGGCGCAGAUGGAGCCCAGAGCUCAGCGCCGGCGGAAAAACCGCCCGCUAGUGGCCGCCUUCCUGCGUGACCCAGGCUCUGGGUGUGUGUACCGUCGUGGGAAGCUGAUCGGCAAGGGCGCCUUCAGCCGCUGCUACAAGCUCACCGACAUGUGCACCAGCGCCGUGUUCGCCCUAAAGGUGGUACCCAAGGGCGGGGCCGGGAGGCUGCGUCCACGUGGGCAGGUGGAGCGCGAGAUCGCCUUGCACAGCCGUCUGCGCCACCGCAACAUCGUGGCCUUCCACGGACACUUUGCCGACCACGACCAUGUCUACCUGGUGCUGGAGUACUGUAGCCACCAGUCCUUGGCCGACGUGCUGAAGGCGCGGCGGACACUGACCGAGCCUGAGGUCCGCUAUUAUCUGCGGGGCCUGAUUAGCGGCCUACACUACUUGCACCAGAGACGCAUAGUGCACCGGGACCUGAAGCCCAGUAAUUUCUUCCUUAACAGGAACAUGGAGGUGAAGAUUGGAGACCUGGGGCUGGCUGCCAGGGUGGGGCCAGCAGGCUGCUGCCACAAGGUGCUUUGUGGGACUCCAAACUUUCAGGCCCCUGAAGUGGUGUCCUGAAAAGGACACUCCUGCAAGUCAGACAUCUGGGCUCUGGGUUGCAUCAUGUACACAGUGCUGAUGGGCACCCCACCCUUCUCUGGGGCACCCCUUUCGGACAUGUACCAAAACAUCCGCGCUGCCCGCUAUCCAGAGCCCACACAGCUGUCCCCCAGUGCUCGCAGCCUCAUUGCGAGGCUCCUGGCACCUGAACCCUCUGAGCGGCCCAGCCUGGACCACUUGCUUCAAGAUGAUUUUUUCACCCAGGGCUUCACCCCGGAUCGGCUGCCCCCUCAUUCCUGCCAUAGCCCGCCUAUCUUCAUCUUCCCCCCACCGCUGGGCAGGCUGUUCCAUAAGGUGGGCCAGCUGCUGACCCAGUGCCGACCACCCUGCCCUUUCACUCCCAAAGAGGCCUCAGGACCUGCAGAAGAGACAGUACCUGACCACGCAGAGUCCGCUAGUGAGGAAAAAACUCUCCUCUACCCUGAGACUGGUGUCCACCCCCUCACACACGGGACCCUGAGGAGCGACCAGACAGACCUGAAGGGGAGCCGAGCACCGGAGGUAGAGGUUGCAAUCAAGAAACUUCUCCUCUGCUUGGACGCAGGAUCCCUGGGCCCAGCCACACAGGAACCCCCUGGGGAGCUGCAGCCUGUCCUCUGGGUCCCCAAGUGUGUGGAUUAUUCCUGCAAGUGUGGCUUUGGCUACCAGCUGUCAGAUGGGGGCUGUGGCGUGCUGUUUCGGGAUGGUUCUCACAUGGCCCUAUGGCCACCACGAGGCCACGUCUCCUACCUGCCUGACCGAGGAACGCUGCAGACCUUUGUAUGGAGGGACGUGCCCAGCCCACUGCAUGCCAAGCUGGCUGUCCUGCAGCGCUUCACCUGUUACAUGCAGAGGCAGCUGCAGGAGGAAGGAACCGUGCCCAUGUUUGCUGUGCCUGACACACCUACCACACCUGGCCUCUGUCUACUGAGCUUUGUAGCUGACCCCCAAGUUCUGGUCUUGAUGCUGAGCAAUGGGGCAAUUCAGGUCAGCUCCAGGGCAGCCCAAAUGCAUCUGGUACUGAGCGGAGGCAGUGAGGGCUUGCUGCUCACCCGCUGGGAGUCAGGUGCUGCAACAUGCUACGCAGUGGAUGCCCUACGGCAUCACGGCUGCGUUCCUGCCAUUCGCCAGCACCUCCGCCAUGGGCUGAACGUGCCGCAGAGCCUCUAGAGAGCCCAAAGGUCCCAAUGGACCUCUGCAUGUUGGUGUUAGGGGCCUGGGCUCUGUUCUGCACUGUGCACAAAGCUGGCAUCUAGGAGGCAUGGGUAUGUUGUGAUCACCAGCAAGUGGGGUCUUCCAUGACUGUGGCAUGACUUGUUGGGCCCCAUUCAUUAAAGAAAA